UGCACCCCGAGGCCAGCUUGGAGGGAGGAGAGGCAGAGCGGAGGGCGAGAGGAGAGCCAGCGAGCGAAAUGGUCAAGUCCUCCUUAACUCCGGGCCCCCUCGCGGGCCUCACCCCUCCUCCCGGGGGCUGAGACUGGAGAGGAAGUGGGAAGGCUCCAAUCUGCUCCUCACGCCAGCGCCCUCAUGCCCCCACCCUUCUCUUCAGCUCGGGGCUUCGGCGCGCCUCACCCCCGCCCCUCGCCCCGGGAGAGGAGCGGGCGGCGCGGUAGGGCUCGCGGAGAGAAGCCGGGCGGAGCGGACAGCCUCCGCUCGCGAGCAGGAGCCCGAAGCCGCCCGCCCACAGCCGAGCCAGGCCCGAGGGCAGCCCCGGAGACCGCGGCGGCCGGAUGCGCGGGCGCGUCACUUCCGGGCGGUGCAGCGGCGGCCGCUUGGAAGAUGGCUGCGCCCUGUGGCUCGGAGCUGCCCGCCAACUCGCCGCUAAAAAUCCCGAAGAUGGAGGUGCUCUCCCCGGCUUCUCCUGGUGGCCUGAGCGACGGAAAUCCAUCGCUGUCCGACCCGUCCACGCCUCGGGGUGCCUCCCCGCUCGGGCCGGGCAGCGCGGCGGGCUCAGGGGCAGCGGCGUCCGGGGGUCUCGGGCUGGGGCUGGGGGGCCGCAGCGCCGCCUCGUCCUCGGUCUCCUUCUCCCCUGGUGGCGGCGGUGGCGGGGCUGCGGCAGCCGCCGCCGCCGCCUGCCGGGGCAUGUCGUGGACGCCGGCCGAGACGAACGCGCUCAUCGCAGUGUGGGGCAACGAGCGGCUGGUGGAAGCGCGGUACCAGCAGCUGGAGGGAGCCGGCACGGUGUUCGGCAGCAAGGCCCCUGGGCCAGCCAUGUACGAGCGCGUGUCCCGGGCCCUGGCCGAGCUGGGCUACGAGCGGACCCCGUCCCAGUGCCGGGAGCGCAUCAAGGAAAUACCUUGUUGGGUUACAUCUUUGUCUGGUUAUGAGAAGCAUAACCUAAAGCAAGGAAAGGAGAUUGAGCUUCUCUGAAGAAUUUUUAAAAGAGGAUCAGUUUACCUGUUUUCAAAUAGGUAAGACCAAAUUGACCUCAAGCUCUUAGAAUAUUUUGAAAAUAUGUUGAUGCUAAUGGAUUCCUAAUCAACAGUUGUAGUUGACAAGGAGGACAGAUAACUGUGUGUGUUUUUUCUCUACUUAUUAAGUGAUUUCAACCAAGGAACCAGAUUGCUUCAUUAAGAAUGUUGGCCUUUCCUGCCAGAAUUAUAAGCUCCAUAAGGCAAGUUCUGGUUUCUCUUAUUCACUACUCUAUCUCCAGUGCCUAGCACAUUAUAGACACUGGAUACAUAUUUAUUAAAUUUACCAAGUAAAGUCUAGAAGGAGAAUUUUGGGACGUAUAGAAAUCUAGAUCAGUGUUACUUAAACUUUAAUCCAAAGACAUAGACUUUUGAAACCCCCGUUUGAAAAAUUUUGCAUUGAAAACUAAGCUCUGUCCCUCCAGAAGACUUACCAUGAAUGUAAUCUUAAGCAUAGAAGCAAAUGUUGUCACUGAAAUAAUAACCUUACACAGUUAUGAGGUGGAUGUCCAAGUAAUCCAGAAUAUAUUUAUGAAAAUAAAAACACAACCUUAAAAAUAUCGUCAGAGAAUCUCAAAUCCCUGAAAACAAAUCUUUAGAUCCCAGUUUCAGAAAUGCCUGUUUAGAAUGAAUAAUUCAGAAAUCUCUUCUUUUACUUUAUUGUCUUGAUGAGAACUGCAAAAAGAAAUUCAACAAUCUUUUUUGCUUUAGAUUUUAUAAAAUAGAAAAGAAGUAGUGCAGGAAGAUAUGGACCAUGAGGAACUUCUUAAACAGACUAACGUGCUCACUUAAAUGUGAACUCAUGGCAGAGGCUCACAGGGAAGGAACAUCAUGUGUGUCAAUUAAAUUUCUGGCUGAAUGUAUUUGGAAUAUUUAUUAAAACUCAAUUAUGAAAACUCCGUAAAUAAUGUCUUCUAAGUUUGAAAGGAGGGAAGAGAUAUACAGUAACUUUCCUUUAAUCCUAGUUUCAGCAUGUUGAUGUAGCAGCCUUCCAUCUCAUCCUAAGAAGGCAUCAGAAAGCUGAGUGCUAGCCCAGCCUCUUCCCUGGCCAUCUUCCUGAAUAAACUGAAAGCACAUCGCUUCCCUUUUCUGGACUGUGUUUUAGAUUUCCUGUCUAUUAAAAUUGUAAAUUUUGAAAUUAGUAACUCUUGGAUUUUGCUACCAGAGUACUAUUUUUGAAUACUAUCCAAGUAAAUAUGUAUAUUUCUAAGUGCACAGGAUUUUAGCUUAAAGUCACACAGAAACAUUUGUUUAUUGCUGUAAAGGUUUUCAUUUUGAAGUCUGACAUGUCCUGUUACUGGUAUUUGUUCAGCCAUUUGGAUGAAAUGGAUGUGUUUGAGACUGCCUUACUCCACAGAUUGUUUGGUUCUGAAGUUUUGUUGUUGUUUUUUUUGUUUGUUUGCCAGAAGAAAAUUUGUCCACUAACAAUUCCAGCCUAAUUUUGGAGUCAGAGAAGCACAUAAUAAGGUGGUUUUCUGUCUGGUCAUUGCAUGAUUUUUCUCUUCUAUAGUCCUUUUCUCCCCAUCUCCAUCCACCAAGUACUUGAGUGCUUACUGUGUGCAGGGCUGUAUGCUAGAUGUUAGGAUAAAUAAAAGAAUUGUAAUAUACAGUCCAAGAGCUUACAGUGCACUUGAAGUCUGUAUACACACAUCAAAGAGUUAAAAAACUCUACAACACAAGGGAUGGUAUGUGAUGCAGUAUUUGAUUAAGUGUCAUAUGACUAAAGCAGACAAUAAAUGUGAUGACUUCAAAGGAGGGAGAGAUCUCAUCACAGUCCAUACUGUAGUAUUUGAAAGAUCUAUCUAGACUUGGCAUUCAUGAAAGCAUUCACUUCGGAGCCAGAUGCUGUAUUCACACUUCAGUCAGUUAAUCUGAUGCACUGCAAAACUAAUUCUCAAGUCCCAUAUUUUUGGGUGUUCUCCAAAAAUUUGCCUCUUGAGAGUUGGCUUUAGGUCUUUGAAACAGAUGUGUACUUCUAGCUCUGCCUUGAGAUGAAAAGCAAGGUGAUUGUAUGACCUAAAAAGCUUGUCUUUGCUGGAUCAGUACGGGUUGCUCAUCAGACAAAUUUAAAACUGGUUGGGAGUCUUCUGCCUAGCAAACAAAAUGACCAGUCUUUUAGGGAGAUUUCUUAGAUUUACUCAUCAAUCAUUGUCAUAAUCUUUAGGACAAAUUUCAUACUUUAACAGACAAAUGACAUGUAGUACAUUUGGUCUUUCAUUUUAGCUCUCAAGCCUUGUCAUUAUUUGUUUGCAAGAACCAGUAGGGUAAAGAUGACAUGGAGCCAGAAGAUACCUUUGUCCCUGUAUAAGCAUUUUAAUAGACUUCACCAAUUUCUGAGGACUUUCCUCUGGGGUUUGCAGCCAAGACGGUCCCUCUGUACUAUCAUUGAAAGAUUUCCAAGAAAUACGGUAUACCAAAUAGUUUGUAAGAAGGAUUUAGUCAGAUUUGUUUGCUUCCAUUUUUGACAUAUUCCUCUUCUGUUGUUCCCAUGCCGCUGUCACCCAGAAGCUUGUGUGUUCCAGAAUGCUUGUCUGCUUGUGAAUCUGAUACAGGCUUGAUGUGUAUCUUAAGAGAAUAGACCAUCUUAGACUACUGACCAUACACUUACAGUCUUUCAGUUUAGGAGGUAAAAGGUCUAACAAGCACAUGUUAAAACUUUGGAUGAAUAGGCUUCCAAGUUUAUUUCUUGGCAUUUUGGGAAAUCUAGUGAAGAGUGGAGUGAAAUUACUAUGAAUCCUUCAUUAAGAGGAUAUGUUAAAGGAAAAAAGAAUUUAGAAAGCACAUAGUACAAACACUGCUGUUUAGUAAAACUUUCUGUGAUGAUGGAAAUGUGCUGUAUCUAACGCAGUUCAGUCUGAUAGCCACCGGUCACUUGUGGCUGUUGCGAUGUUGGAAUGUGGUUAGUGUGCCUGAGGAACUGAAUUUUAAAUUAUGUUUUGUUUUAAUUAAUUUAAUUUUUAAAAAAUAUUUUAUUUAUUUUAGAGAUAGAGUGAGCGGGGGAGGAACAGAGAGGGACAAGCAGGCUCCACGCAGAGCACAGAGCUUGACACGGGGCUCGAUCUCACACCCUGAGAUCAGGACCUGAGCUGAAAUUAAGAGUCGGAUGCUUAACCGACUGAGCCACCCAGGCGCCCCUUUAAUUUUUUUAAUUUAAUUAAUUUUUUUUUUAAGGAUUUUAUUUAUUUAUUUGACAGAGAGAGACACAGCGAGAGAGGGAACACAAGUAGGGGGAGUGGGAGAGGGAGAAGCAGGCUUCCCGCGGAGCAGGGAGCCCGAUGCGGGGCUCGAUCCCAGGACCCUGGGAUCAUGACCUGAGCCGAAGGCAGACGCUUAACCAACUGAGCCACCCAGGCGCCCCAAUUUUUUUAAUUUUAAACUAUAAAUGCCACAUGUGGUUAGGGGCUACCAUAUUGAACAGUGUAGGUAAAAAGUUAUUUGGAGUACUAAAGAAGUCUGUUUUAUGAAACAGUUCUCUGAGCUACAUACUCAGACUUUUAGGGGAAGCUCAAAGUUCCUUUUUCUUGUCCCCCCUGUCACUUUACUUCUGAGGAGGAGGAACCUUGAUAGAAGUCAAGAAAAAUGGUCCACUGUACUAGGGAGGAAGAGCUUUUAGUGCAAGGAAUAAAGUGUUAUAACCUCAGUUGGCUGGGGCAAAGAGUGUCCUAUUCUUGGUUCUGAACUAGGACGAUGCCAUCUGAUAGAACUUUCUGUGAUAUGAGUGUCUUAUUGUCUGCACUGUCCAUCAGUCACUGCGCAGUAACCACUAGCCAUAGCUGGUUAUAGAAUACUUGAAAUGUGGCUAGUGUGACUGUGAAACUGAAUUUUUAAUUUUAUUUAAAAUUUUUUUUAAUUUUAUUUAAUUUUAAUUUAAAUAGUCAUGUAUAUCUAGCCAAUGGCUAUUGUAUUGGCCAGAACAGCUUUGGAAUACUGGUAUUUAAACUUUUUUGUUUAUGUACUCCCAAAAGAGUCUUUGUACUCUCUUGAACAUUUUAAAGCUGACAUUAAAAUUUUUUCAUUAUAUAUGAAAGUUUAUAGGAAGUUAAUAGGAUAUAGGAAAUAGUAAAUCUAGGAUGAGAUGAAUAAGAUGUGAGGAUUGGCUGUAAAUUUACUCAGUAAUGUACUCUGAAUCAGAAAAAUCACACAAAAUUCAUUUCUGUAGAUUUUGUCAAAUGCAUCUUGAAAAUGUUGGUCAUCAGACAAUAUUCCACUUAUAUUUAAAAGAAACAAUAUCACUAGCCUAUUUUGCUUUAGUUAUUCUAAAUUAAGGGGCCAAGCUUUCCACCUAAGAAAUAAUGGACCAGACUGGGAAUGCCAGGAAUCCCUAAGGUUUUAAGGUGCCUUGAUUAAUCAUUAAAGGAAGAGUAGGGAUACCCCAGUGGGAGGCCACUGCAUUAGAACUCUGAGCAUCUUUCUGAUACCUUUCUUGGCAGACAUAGUGGGGCUGGGCCCUUGGAUUCCACUGCCCUUGGGAAACGGGAGAAACCUGUGGAGCUUAACUCUUGGCUAAAGUGCAAGAAUCUGUGGGAAGAUUUGGAGAUUUUGCCCAUCCCUUUCAUCAGACUCAACUGACAGACUGAUCACAGGGUUUCUCCAAAUACUUAAGUGUGAAAUAGGCACUUGAUUUUUUUUUAUUAUUCACCCACAAAUAUUUGAGUACCUUGCAUGGUAGACUUUAGACAUGCAGCAGGGUACCAUCUACCAUCAAGUGUCCACCUUCCACUGAAGGAGUCAGACUACUAAAGCACCAGUUACGGUAUUGUGAGUAAGGUCUGUGUUGCAUGUUGACGUUAAGUUCGUGGUGCUUCGGGCGCACACAGGAAAGGCAUGUCAUCAUAGACUUUCAGGAGGUGGGUCUUGAAGGUAAAGUGGGACCAAACUGAGCAGAAGAAAGUAGAGAGAGAUGAGCGGUUGGGGUAAAAGGCCAGAAAAUGCAGAACCCAGAACAGUGCAAACCGCAAAUACAGCAAAAUAUAUUUUAUUCAAGAAUCCUAAACUGGAAACAUCUAAAUGCUGUAGUUGUUAAAAAAAUUUAUAAGUGAUAAGUUACUUACGAAGUCAUGCAUUUCAAUUGAAGAACAAUUUGUUAUAGUGCAUGGCAUUUGGUGAAGGUAGGACUUAGAAUCUACAAAUGACUAGUUGGUGGUGUCCUUAAGAACCAAGAAAAAGGUGGAGCAGGUAGUUUUGGAAUAACAGUAGAGUGCGCAUACCAAUUCUAGACAGUUUUAUGGUUGUUGUUUUUUUUUUUAAAUUUAUUUGACAGAGACAGCGAGAGAGGGAACACAAACAGGGAGAAUGGGAGAGGGAGAAGCAGACUUCCCGCUGAGCAGGGAGCCCGAUGCGGGGCUUGAUCCCAGGACUCUGGGAUCAUGACCUGAGCUGAAGGCAGACGCAUAACGACUGAGCCACCCAGGCAUUCCUACGUUUUGAUAAAUAACCUUUUUAUAGUGUUGGAUUGUAGUUGUGCAAAUAUCUAUUAUAUAUCUCAUUCUUAUAUACUGGAAAGAAAAACCAAAGCAGUGCAUCUUUUGAACAUACAAUAGGAAGACAUAUAUUUUACCCUGUGGCCUAAUAUUCCCAUGAUAUAUAUGUGUAACUGAAACACUUUCACAGAAUUAUGAUUAUAGCUAAGACUUACAUAACAUUUGUCACAUGCCAUGCACUGUUGGAAGUGUUUCACAAAUACUCAUUUACUUAAUCCACAAAAUGAUAUUCUUCUUAACUAUGUGUAGUACACUCUGGUAUGUUCUGUUAUAUGUGAGCACAGGUAAUUUAGCUUCAAAACCACUAGGCCAUAUGUCCUCUUGAGUAUUCUAAGUAUACAGUAUCUGAAAGCACCCAACACAUUGCCUGUCUGGUAGGCUCUCUUUCUCCAGUCCCCUCCCUACAUCCUCCUCCUCCUCCACCAAUUCUGCCCCAGGACUUUGCAGCAUUGCCUGCCCUUUUCACCCCAGUCCCUCUGGUGCCUCUCAUCUUUCCCUUCCCCAGCCACAGCCUCAAGCUCCCUCACCUAAAGCUGGUGCAAAGAAAACCUGGGCAGAUGGGGGUGCCCACUCCCACUGGUACUGGGCAGCUGGCUUACUCCUUGGGGACUGGCAGCUCAGGGUCACGUUGGUCCCCACACAGGGCACGCCCAGGAGAUGGCAGGAUAGAGAAGCUGGAGGAACUGGAGCAGGGAAACAGGUUAAAAACUCAACCCCAAGGGACCAACAGAUCCCUCCCACCCACCCCCAGACACACACCCCCCCCCUUCUGUCACUCUGUCUGCCCUCCUCCAACCUUUAUGCUCAGCCAUUUGGGAGAGAGAGCUGCCUGGCCUCCACUGGGGCUGGGGAAGGUGUUGCCAAGUGUGCGCUUCUCACUUACCCAGCACCCUGAGCUCUAGAGUUUUGCUGCUGUGGCUCCUUUUGAUGCCUUGGUGGUCUUGCACAUUCACAGAGCAGCGGUAGGACCCAGAGUCUUUCUCCCGGAGGCCCUGCAGCCGCAGGGACACAUUCUGGGAGGGCAUGGAGUAGACCAGGGAUACCCCUGGUUUGCUUGACGUGACCCCACUGAUGUACGCCAACACCUGGUGUGGGACACGAUGCCUCUCCGUUAUUACAUGUGUGCCCUGUGCCCACAGGCUCGGCUAAUCCUCCCCCCCACCCCCACUGGCAGUCUUCAAGCCUUCCUCCCCUGUACUCACCCCCUCUAACCUGUCCCAGCUCCCCAUUCACCCCCUGUCUCCCUAGACUCCCUCUCACUGCCCCUGGGUCCUCUUCCCCACAACAGUUCUUGAUCCCCUGUGCUCUGUCUCUUCAUCUUCCACUUGGGGCAUUUAGAAAGGUGGUCACAACCUACUAAAAUUGAUUUCCCAACCCAACCCACUAAUGGGCCAUAACCUGCAGUUAGAUAAAAGAAGAUUAGAAGAUACUGAGGUGAGAUCAAGGUAUUUUCAGUCAUUGUGCUCUUUUAGAUUUAAGGUAUCAGAACUUCAGAAACAUCAUAAUUUGCAACAGGUCACGUCCCAGAUAUUCUGGUGAAAUGUUUUGUACUGUGUAGUUCUAGAGAGCUGGAGCCUAGGGUUGGUGGGAACAGAGUGGAAGGAGGUGGGAAGUGAUAAGAAAUGAGACUGGAGACAUAAACAAGAAGUGAGAUAAUGUACUAAGGAGUUUCGACUUUACCCUAAUCAUCAAAGAGCAGUAAGCUGGGGAAUGGACAUAGUUAGCCUUAGGGUUUGGACUGGCUGUGAUGUGGAGAAUGAGUUGGGAAGGGUGAGACCGGAAGCACAGAGAUCAUUUAGAGGCUUUUAGCAGUAAGUUGACGAGAAGUGCAAUAAAACAGUGGUUAUGAAAACAGAGAAGAUAGUAGAUUUCAGAUACACCCAAAUCAGCGAGGCUGUUCGGGGAAUCUGAAAAUUCUAAUCUCUAGGGUUUGAUAGAUCUUAACCUAGCACACAACUUCUACCAGCUUGCACAGGAUUCUUUGUUGUAGUCCUCAGAGAUCACCACAGUGCUUCAUAACCUAAGUUUUUAGAGUUGGUUCUAGAACCCAGUGAGAUCCAACUAAAACACCAUUUCAGCACAGCCCUGUCUAUGUUACCUUGAGGAUAUAUUCUAGACUCUUGGAUUCUGAUCUCCCUGAGCUUUGGAAGUGAUGAUCCUGCCUUCUUUCCGCCCCGCCUCUUUUUUCUAACAUUACCAGAGGGCAAAAAAACUAAAAGUCACAUCUCCAAUUUCAGAUGUUAAUUGUCAUACAGGCCCUCUGAAGUAUGCUCAUAUCAGGUAGAAUAGUGGGUUUUUUUCCCUUUUCAAAGGUUAAAUCUAUGUAAUAUUUAAAAAAGGUUUAAAAAUGGGAGGAAAAAUGUCUUAAGUUUCAAAAACAAGGACCAGUACCAUAAAGCUUUAGAUUUUAAACAGUUGAUUGUUAGGAUUGCUGUGAUUAUUAGGUACUCCUUAAUCUUAUUUCUGUUGUGGGGUUCAUGCAGUGUGGUCGUCUGCCUGCUAUUGACCGUAGCAAAAACUUCAUUCAGUGUUCAGAAUGAAUGCUUAACGAAUCUGUGCCUCGUAUGCAUAUGUUACAAAUUAUCUGGAGUUUGUAAUCUAUGCGGAGUCUUCCCCCCUACUGUUCUAAAUCACUGGAAAAUGCGUAUUGGAAAAAGGCAUGUAUUUAAAUCUGUUUUAAUUCUUACCUCUUGUAGCUGAGAGAGUCCUUGAGAGCCAAUGGAAAUACUUUUUUUUUUUCUUGGCACUAAUCAAGCGAGUGUUAUCUUGUCACUUAGUGGGAUGUAUUGUUAUUCCUUAGUAAAAUACAAACCUGUGUUUAUUCUCAGACAUUUUUAACAGCCAUUAUUUUAUUUUUAUAUAUGUGUUCUUGGCUGUAGUCAUAAAUUACAUAUUUUGAGCUACCAAGUAAUACUUCAUUCAAUACAAAUUGAAACAACAGAAUGGAAGUUAUUUACUUAGAUAUGUUUCCUGGUUGCAUUUUCUCAGCCUGUGUAAGACAUAUCUUGUUGUAAUAGCCUGAAUUUUUGAAACUCACAAUAUUGUUUCUCUAAUAUCUACCUUCAGAUUUCUUCAUUUAUUCGAAUAAGUCAAUUAUGUUUGUAAUUGAUAUUAAUAAAACCAGAAUAAAGUUCAUAUCUAUCAAAAACUGCUUUUAUUAUUAUUAUUUUAAAUUUACAGAUACUUUCUCUAAAAUAGAAGGAGCUGGUUUAUGAUUUAGAAAGAAGAUGUGAUAGGUCAAAAAGAACCUCAACCUUAUAUUUGAUUUCUCUCUCUUUUUUUUUUAUAAAGAUUUUUAUUUAUUUAUUUGACAGAGAGAGACACAGCGAGAGAGGGAACACAAGAAGGGGGAGUGGGAGAGGGAGAAGCAGGCUUCCCGCAGAGCGGGGAGCCCGACGCGGGGCUCGAUCCCAGGACCCUGGGAUCAUGACCUGAGCCGAAGGCAGACGCUUAACGACUGAGCCACCCAGGCGCCCCUAUUUGAUUUCUCAAUUGCCAUAUAAAAUCUUAAGGAAUUUUUAUUCAUUCAUUCAUUUAUUCAUUCAUUCAUUCAUUUAGCAAAAAAUCUACUGAGCUGCUUCUGCAUGCCAGGCAUUGAUUUAGGUGCUGGAAAUAUAUCAGCAAACAAAAUCGAAGGAAACCCCUGCCUUCAAAGAGCUUACAUUCUGGUAGAAACCAAUGUGAUAUUUAAAAUAAUGCAAUUCAAAACAAUUAGCACAAUAGAAAGAAGACCACUCAAACAUGAUAUUACUAGAUAUCAGCCUUAUCGACCUUAUAAUAUUUGAGCUCUUUUUUUUUCUUUUUUUUAAGUAGGCUCCAUGCCCAACAUGGGGCUUGAACUCACUGAGAUCUAGAGUCGCUUUUGCUCUGCUGACUCAGCCAGCCAGGCGCCUUGGAAUGUUUGAGCUCUUAUCUUUCAUUGUAUGUUAGUCAUAAAGGUUCAGUUUGCCUUUUCUUUAUUAAGAACGAGUUACAUGAUUUUAUAUUAGGCCUUUUUAUUGUGAUAUGUCCAGUUGUCACUGAGGUUUGCCCCAUGAAGCAGCGAAGUACAACAUUGUUCAUAUUCAUUCAGUCAUUAGAUAAUGAGCACCCCUGUUCAGUCUCCUGCAUAACCAGGUAAUGUCCCUUCUCUCUUUUGCAAAUUAGGAGACAUGGUUAAUAGUUGGACUUUGAGGGAUCAGAGUUGUGCUUGUUUUUGAACAGUAUAAAAGAAUAUUUUUCCUUAUAUAAGUAAUAUAAACCACAUUACAAAAUUAAGAAAAAUCAGUGGAAAUACUUUAACUUCAUGGUAGCAUAAUUACAUAUCUAUGAAAUGUUAUUUUUCAAAAAGUGGUGAAUCUGAUUUAAAAAAAAAAAGAUUUAUUUAUUUGAGGGAGCGGGGGAAGGGGCAGAGGGAGAGAAUAUCCAAGCAGAUUCUCCCUGAGCCCAGAGCCUGAAGCCUGAAGCCUGAAGCAGGGUGUGAUCUCACAAGCCAUGAGAUCAGGACCUGUGCCAAAUCCAGGAGUCGGAUGCUUAACUGACUAAGCCACCCAGGUGCUCCAUGAUUUUAAUUCCAGUAAAUUUUCAUGCACCAAAAAAGAAUGAGAGAUGCACAUGCUUUUUGUUCCAUUGAACUCCAAGAAAAUAUGUGGGUCAUUCAUACUUAUUAUUUGAUUCAUGCUGUUCUGUCUGCCUGCUUCUCGUAAGCAGGUUGCCCGAUGAGUAAGGCCUAUUCCUGUGGUUAGGAUUCCUUUUCUCCCCUUUUCUUUAUAUGUCAGUGUUAGUCACCAUAUUCUUGCCAAGACUACAGACCUUUGAAAAUAGUUAAAUGAUUGGCUUUUAUCUAUAAAGAGGAAAGACUAACAAAAAGUUAAAGAAGCUCUGCUGGUAUAGCCAGGUGUUUCUGAAAACUUGAAUAAUCUAAAGCAUGUUUAUGCAACAACGUUACAUAAUACAUAACAAACCUAAAUCUAGGUAUAACACAGAUCUCACAUGUUAUCAAACAAGAAGAACUUUAAAAUACUUCUACAUACCAAUAAAACUAAAAAUCAGAAAAUCAAGCUGGCAUUCCUUUAACAUUGGAUGAUGUGGUUUAGCUGAAACUUACUUGCUUUCCAGAUUCUGAUGCUGACUUUUUGAUAAAACUUUGGGGCUACCUUUUCCUGCUUGAACUAACCUUCAUUUACAAGUGGUCUCCAUGUGGUGUGACUAUCAUUUUUGUUAUGAUGGCAACAUUUAUUCAAUACAAGCUGUUAGGCAGACACUGCUUUAAGUGCUCUGUUUGUAUUUUUUCGUUGAACACUCACAGCACAUCUGUGAUGGAGGUACUGUCAUUAGCCCCACCUAACAGAUGGAGAAAUUGAGGCACAGUGAGAUUAUUUCAUCUAAUGUCACAAAGCUAGCAGGUGGUGAAGUUAGACUGAGCAGUCUGUUGCCAUGCUCUUAGCCACUUGUUUAUAUUAACCCCUUUAUGAAUCAUCAGCCCACAUUUUAAAAAUGUUGACAAUUGAAGUGUUUGGCAACAAUGUGAUCAUAAACAAUCAAAUGCAAUAGCAAAGACACAUAGCAACACACAGAUGGAUGUUCUUAUGCUCAUACAUGUUACUUAAGGUAGAAGGAAAACACAAGUUUUAAAAAUUCUUGCAGGUAAUUCAUGGUGUCCUAAGAUUAUAAGCACAGUGAAAAACAUUUGAUUUGGAAGUCCCAAGGAAGAGUUUACAACAGGUAUUGAAACAUAAAUAAGGCUUUUGUUGUCAAAGACUCAGUUCACUCACAUCUUUAUAUAAAUGAUGGUAUUUAUUGAACUACCAACUCCUCUUAAAGGAAGUAAGUUUGAACUGCAGAAGGAAUUUACAAAGUAGAAUUACUUUUUGGCAGUAAAAGCAGGUAAGGAUGUGGUUUACCAAAAGGAGGCCAUGGAGUGUCCAUUACCUAAGCCUGCCAUCAUUCACCUAAUGUGUAAAUGGUUUAGGUACUCUUCUUAGAGAUGAUGAGGAUGAGAUGGGCUGCUUGUAAUAUAUAAUGUAAAUGUGCCAAAGAAAAUGUAGACGUAUAUGAAGAAAGCUAAAAAUAGAAUUCAAAAAUAAGAAAUCAGCGAGUGUAGGGAGUAACCCAGGUAAAUAUGGUUACUUGCGCUAAAUAUUAAAAUGAGCUCUAUAUAAACUUCCUGGCAACUAUGGCAAAAAGGUAAAUACACUGGUUUUCUAUACUUUUCAAUGUCCACUGAAGAGAGGAAUACCAGGUCCUAGUUUUGAAACCUAAAUUUACGUUAAAGGGGCUCUGAUAGUGACGUUGGAUAAGCUCUUACCUUUCCCUUAGUUCUCUAUUCAGUUAAGUAGGGAUGUAUCACAUAGCUUUCAUAUACAUGUGAUACACUACCCAGACCCCUCUUCCAGGAAUGAGACACCAGUCAGCUAGUCAGUCUACCUCCCCCCACCCUCACCCCCAGGCUGCCUGGAGCAAUGAUUGGCCAAGGCUUCCAGGUGACUUCCUGGAAGUUCCGUUUGCCCAAGGGAGCUGUCUCUCCCAAGGUUAGGCUCCCUCCCCAAGGGCAGCCUGAAUCCAGUGGCUGGAUUACAAGGUACAGCCUCCUUGCCCCAGUUAGGACAACUCUGAAGGUUCAUCCCAGUUCCCACACCUCACUUUGGGUUAGCUGAGGCCUCUGUUGCAACUUCUUUGUCUGCCCAACCCUGUUCUGGUCAGUCUCUCACGGGUGUUCUCAAGAGCCCUCCUCAGUAAGUCUGCUGCACUGACUUCUCAGACUGUUUCCUGGGACCCUCUCCUUUAGCCUUAAAGUAAACAUUAGGAAUAAUAAGUAUAAACUGCUUAGCCCAAAUCUCGGCGUACAGUAGGCACUGAGAAAAAUGGUAGUUACGGUUUUUACCUUCAUUGCAUGGGACAUUGAGCCACAUAUGGAAAAUGUUUGAUUUUUGUAGACUGCAUUUUUCAUAUAGCUAUUGCUUUUAGCAAUCCUCAUAAAGGUAAGAGUAAAUAUAAAAAUGCUACCAAAUGAGCUAUAAAAAGGGUUAUGAUUGCCUGAAUUUCUUUCUAACAACUUCCUAAGUAAGUUCAGGUUGCCCAAGGACAAAUGCAUAAACUUAAAACAUGCUUAUUUUCAGGUCUUUCAUAGAAAAGGUAUUUGUCAGCAUAUGAAUAUGUGUUCUUUUCAUGCAUUUAUGAUCUGUAGUUUACACCAUGGAAAUGCAAAAAAAACCCCCAAAAACCCACUUUUUGAAGUACAGUUGACCCUUGAACAACAUGGGGGUUAGGGACACCAACCCCCUGUGCAGUCAAAAGUCUGGGUAUAACUUUUGACUCCCCAAAAACUUAACUACUAAUAACCUAUUGGCCAGAAGACUUGCUGAUAAUAUGAGCAGUUGAUUGACAUAUUUUGUAUGUUACAUGUAUUAUGUAUUGUAUUCUUACAAUAUUCUUACUGUAUUCUUACAAUAAAAUAAGCUAGAGAAAAAUAUUAACACAAUCAUAAGAGAAAAUAACUUUACAGUAAUGUAUUUGUCAAAAAAAAAUUCAUGGGUAAGUGGACCCUUGUAGUUCAAAUCCGUGUUGCUCAAGGGUCAACUUUAAUUCAGUAUUUACCCUUUUUAAAACAAUUGUCUGAAUCUUGUCCCAGAUUCAGUCAAGACUAACCAGAUACCAUGAUGGAGGAUUUCUAAUAACCUUACUUUUUAGAUGAUUUUGUCUGGAUGUCACAAUCAAAUAUGCAAAAUUUACUAAGGGAAAGAAUUUGUAUUAUAGAUUAUCUUUGCAUAAUAGAUGGUAGUUUUUAGUAAGAAAACUACAAAACUUUCAUGGUUCACAUGAAAGGAAUAAGGUGGCUUAUUGUUUUGGCGGGGGAACUGCUCUGCACCAUUUUCCUUUUAAACAUUGGUCUCGUUACUAGCAGAAAGUACCCUGUGUUUGGGAAGCAGUACAACGUUGUAAUGAUAAAACUGUGUGAGGUGUUUUUGUAAUGUGUGUGUGCAUGUAUGUGUAGUUCUUAAUUAUGGACCGGUUAGUGUGCAGUGCAGGAUGUUUGUGUGGGAGGCCUUUACGGAUGAAUGAUUCUCCCCUGCCAUCCUUGAAAUAUUUUAGAUAACUCUCUUGAAUAUGCUUUUUUUAGUUCUCACAUAUUAAUAAAAGUUAACAUUUUAAAUAUCAUUUGAAUACCACUUUGAGGUGGUGCCCCAGGGUGUGAAGUACUGAGAAAAAGAUUUAACAGAGAUGCUAAUACAGCAACUUCAGAAGUGAUGGAGGAGUUCAGGUGAAAAUAACCUAAUCCAGGUUAAUUCUUUACCAAACAACUGAGCUUUCCCCCCAUUUAGAUGGAGAGGAAGUUCUAGACAAAGAGUGGUAUAUGACUGUCUUUGAUGACUAUAACUAUCUGUUGCUGCUUAUGUCUGAAAUAGUUAAGUAGUUCAGUAAGCCCUAAUUUUUUGACCUGUCUUGUUCUAAAUAGAGCAGCACUUGAGGAUUUCAUGCCUAGGAUUCUCGUAUCCCAAAGAAGCCCUUAAGCAUGACUACACUUACUAGGUAAUGCUUGUACGGUGUUGCCGCCGAUAGGAGAUAUUGUAUGAGCACCCAUAUGAUUUACCUACAGCAUAGGGUUAAAAAUUUAUGGUCCUAUGAAUAUAGUUCCCUGGGCAAUGGAAAAUGUUUGUUUUCGACAAUUGGUAAAUUGUCUUGAGGGCUUUUCUUCUUCAUAAUCUGAAUGGACAAAACCCUCACCUGCUAGCAUGGAGGAACCUAGAAAACUUAGAGGAGCUGAUGCUCACUGAGGAUCAAAAUCUCCUGAAUUAUUUGUUCCACAUAAGAAUCUCCCUCAUGAAGACAGUACUGACCAGUUAUAGACACAAAAGUGAGUCGUUCGUAGCCAGAUUUGGAAUGUGGUGCAAGCUGAAAAAAUGCAAUCCUGGACAGUUCCCCACAGAGACUGGGGCUCCAGAGAGGUAAGAUCUCUUGGUUUCUGGUGGUCAUUCUCCUGUUUGCCCUAUUAGAAUCCAGGAAACAAUUGAGUCUUUUUUUUCCUUUUCUACUCUACUUUAUAUCCUUGAAUAUUUUAUUUAUUUAAUUUGUAAGGCAUAAGAAAUAAUCAAAUUUGGACGGAGCGACAGAGCUCUAUUUGGUGGGUGACCCCUCCCCCACCCAAAGAAAAGUAUAACAACAAGAAUGGUAGAUAUUUGUUAAAAUAGUCCUUGCCCUCUGCACCUAUUCCCUUGGUUACAAAGGGAAUUUGCUUUGCUAAUUACAGCUGUAUCUAUGUUUCAGACCCUUUUCUGCUCCUGCUUUUUUCAAGUAGGAGCCUUACCUACCUUGGAUUUAUUGAUUCUAUAAAUAUAAUACACCACUGUGGUUAUACAGUGAGUUUCCUAAUUUUCCCCACUAAGAAAAAAAUUGAUCUUCUUGCGAGUGAUUUACAAUGUUAAAAUCACCUUAAUUCAUUUACUUAAUAAAUAUAUAUUGAACCCUUAUGUGAUAGGCACUAUUCUGGGCUCAGGGAAACCAUGAACUAGGCAGACAUAAUUCCUACCUCCCAGAGUUUAUGAUCUAAGGAAUAGUUCUCUUAGGGAACAUUCACAUGUGAGUGGCAUUUGGUACCUUUUCUUUUUUUUUUUUUUUUUUGCCAAAUCCCUUUCAAAGGAAUACUUAUUUGUCUUGGGUCCUUGUCUCCUCAUUUGUUAAGUGAGGAAGGUGGACUACAUGAUCUCUGAGGUUCUUUUCCAUUCAAAACAUCCAUAAUAUUUUGGAAGCUGGAACAUGGUUUGCUCUUAGAGCCUUGGGCAGCUCCACCCACCCGCUGCCAAUCAGUUUAUUAUAUAAUGUCUUACAAAAGAGAUUAUCUGGCAAGGAUAGUGAUAUAGACAGGUGAUGAAUAGUGUCAAGUGCUCAAAAGAGUUAAGGACAAAGUUUGAGGGUCAUUCUUCUUAGUAAUUAAGACACUGCUCACCAUGAUAUGAACGAUUUCAGCAGAAUAAUAGAUCAGACUUAGUCCCUUAGUCCGUUGCGUAAGGACUAACUAGUGUAGACACUGCCUAUUUCUUUGAGACCCGUUGGUCUUUAGGCAGUAUUAAAAUGGGAGGAUGCUAAAGCUUAGCCAUUGUGACUACUAAGGAAAGUAGUCAAGACUUCCUUUCCUAUACUUGUUUCUAGAUGUGUGAAUGUCCCUGUUGUAAGUUGUCACCUUAGGUAAUUUAUCUAGCAUCUGUAUUGAUAAGUGAAUCAGAUAAUGAAUAAUCAUGUAUUAUGUGAUUCAAUUGGAACAGAUAAUCGGCAUAAUUUAUGAAUCACUUAAUAUUGCUUAAUUGCCACUUCAGAAAAAGAUUUCUUCCCUAGGAGGUGGGGGGAAAAAGUGCUGUAUUUCUGUGAUGAGUAAGUAAAUUGAUAUCCUUGUAUGUUUUUACUGCUAGGAAUUGUUUCUUUCCAAAAGCAGGGGAAUUUGGCUAAUUUACCUCUUAAAGGAAAUAUUAAUGCUGCUUUAUCUAAAUGAGCAGGAUACGGAGCAAACUGGUUAAAUUGUCCUUAAACUGGUUGUCCCAAUCUUUAGACUUUCUUGUAAAACCUAAUACACAACUUAAGUCUACCUUGUUUUAGGGCUUCUGACUAAUACCCAUUCUGUUCUUUUAUGGAAGAAACCACACCAUGGUAGAGAGCAGCUUUUUAACCCAGGGUUCUUGUAUGGGCUCUUCAGAGAAUCCACAUUCCCCUUGAAAUUGUAUGGAACAGUUUCAUAUAUGCGCUUUUCUGGGGAGGGGAUCCAUGACCCAAAAAAGUUUAAGAGCCUCUGUUCUGGAGAGGAAAAGGAAAGUUUAAGAAUAAAAAGAUCUUUCACUUGCCAAAACCUCCUCUGUAGCGCUAAGAAGUGGGGGAGUGUGAAACAAGUGCUGUAUUUUUGGUCUUGAUUUUGAUUUGUUGGGGUUUAGGGUUGGUUGGUUUUAAGGGAUUUAGGUGAUUGGCAAAUCCACUUGCCAGAUUUGAUGGAAAACCUAAGAAAAUAGGUGGUAAAACUUCUGCGGGCCCCAGAUGGUUUUUGCCUUGAGAGACUUCCUAAUCAUUAGUUACAGCUCCAUGUAAUAUACAGACACAUGUAAUAAUAUGUGCUGUACUCAUAACAUCCCUCUUACUGUGUGCAGAAAUGUGUUUAUUUGCUUAUGCCCCCUGUUUCGGGUUUUUUUAUUUUCCACCUUUUGUGCUCACAGUAAGAAACUAAAAAUAAUUAAAGAAAUUUCGAAUCUCUAAAAGAUACUGAAAGAAACUCAGUGGGUUUUUUGCUGUUGUUGCCUCUUUAACUAAGAGCAACUUGUUUUAACAGUUACAAUAAAGCAAUAACUUUUUUAAAGAUUUUAUUUAUUUGAGAGAGAGCGCACAAGCAGGGGGGAGGGGCAGAGGGAGAAGCAGACUUCCUGCUGAGCAGGGAGCCCGAUGUGGGACUUGAUCCCAGGACCCUGGGAUCAUGACCUGAGCCGAAGACAGAUGCCUAACCCAGUGAGCCACCCAGGUGCCCUAAAGCGGUAACUUUAAAGGAAGAAGAUAGAUGUAUUUCACAAGGACCUUUUUUGCUUCAAAAUACACAUCUUCUUAGGCUGAGGUAUUGUUUUUAACACUUUUAUAAACAAUUAGUCAUUGGAGAUUUGCCCCCAGGAUAAUUUCCCCUAUCGCUUGUGGAAUAGAACAUGUGAUUUUUAAGACUCUGACUGCAAAUAAGUAUAUUCUGUAUGUAAUCAUUUGGGUUUUAAAAAAAUCUCAAAUCUAUCAUUGAGUUGCCAGAGGGUUAAGAGCAACUAUGUAAUCCAUUUCUAGUUAUGCCAGUUUGACAAUUACGUUUGAAAAUCUGUUUCACUGCUUGUUUUUCUUAUAACAUUGUUUCCUGCUAUUAUGACUAAGCUGUCCUGCCUUGCAGUUUGACUUUGUUUUUCAUCUGAUGUCUUAGAUUGAUCACGCCAGUGUUUCCUAAACAACACAUUUAUGUAGCUAUUAUGCCUUAUUUCCGUUCCUCCUUAUUACAGACCCUGUCCCACCUGUAGUCAGUUCGGUUAGAACGGUGGUUUUGUCAUGGUGAUUAUUUUAUGAUUGUAUGAAAUGGGGCAAAUUUUGAGAAAAUGAUUGAGCCAGUAGCAGAAUUGGUGGGCAUAUGCCCGUAUGAUUCAUUGAGUUUGCUUCCUGGAAGGAAUUCAACUCCUCCCGCUUCCCGAAAGUCAAAGGAAGGACUGGAGGACACGGGAGCGAAAGACACCUUAUUUUUUUUACCCCCAAAGUAGCUCACGUAAUGUCAGGAAGGGCUUUGAUGAGACCACUGGCCCUACUUGUAGAUCUUAUUUUCCAAGCCUUUCAUUAUUUUAUUUGCCCUUUUCUGAACUCUGCAAUUUCCCUCUCUUGUAGCUGGUUCGAUGCCCAGAACUGAACGCUGUGCUCCAGCUGUGGCCUCAUCGGUGCUGAGUAGAAAGGAAGAGCCACCUUCAUAGCUUACAUGUGAUUCCUCUGCUUGCACAGCCCAAUACUGGAUUGACUUACUUUGGCAAGACAGCUGCACUGUGCACUGUAUUUGAUGUUACGUGUACUGUAACCCUGGGUCUUUCUCUGCAUUGCUGCCGUUCAACCCCCAAUCCCGCCAAUCUCAAACUCCUGCCUUUGUUUACCUGCCCCCCUCUCCCAAAGACUCCCCCCCUACAUUCAUCCACAAUGAAUGUCAUCUUUAUUCUCUCAUUUCCUUUCACCCCAGUCUUAAACUUUGGGGAAACUUUCCCUCUGUCUAUAAAUUAGCAGUUGUCAGCCAUCUUACUUUCCUCCCUGCUUUGGUAAUGGGACGAUCCUUCAAGUCUUUUCGCUGGUUCUUUUCCUGUUGGAGUCGUUAAACACUUGGCAUUUCUUCCAAACCGGAUACCUCCCAACUCCUCUGAUUUGACCACUGAUCAAGUUGUUACCUGUCCUUUAGUUCUUCUUUCCAGAUUGUCUUGACUGCUCCUGACUUCUGUCCCUCUGCCUGCAUUCAAGAUACAGUAUUAUCUCCCUCCUCUUCCCCAGGGAGGAGAUUGUAAUAUUGAUUUACCGUGGAAAUUUCUAGCGAUAAGGAAAGUGUUAUUCUCAAUUGUGACUAGACUGGUCUUUAAUAAUUUUAAGCAAAUUCUUCCCCCGCCCCCCGAGAUCUUAAUUUAAGAAAAAAAAAAUGCUAGAGGUUAAAUUACCAUACAUUUCUAAGACUAGUGAGGUCAAGAAAGAAGGAAGGGCAGUGAGGUAUUUGUGUUGAGUAGGAAAUGGCCUUCUAAGAAAGCUAAACUGAGAUUCUUGUUGGGUUUGGCAUGGCUGUCUGAAAUGGGAGGUGAGAUUUUAUUUUUCCUAGAUUCUGGAGCAUUCUCUUAAUCUCAGAUUUAGAGUAGGUUUUUAAGUUGGCUUAUUUAGGACUGUUGACAUAGACACACAGUCAUUUAAUUGCCUGCUUUGGUUCAUCAUCUAGAGUGUGGGAAGUGUAACUUUUUCUGAUUGGAAGGUCUCCAUAUGUUCCUUUUAUCCCUUUCUAAAGUCCCUGCAGUUCCGCUGAAUUCCAUUGUCUCCUGUAGUGGUGGUCAAGUUCAUGUUUGAGUUCUCACUUUUUUUUUUUUUUUCUAUCUUAGUUGAUGUGUCCCUAUUCAAACAGCCUCUCCUUGGAUCUGUGGAUCUUUUACUGAACCCAGAAGGUAUCUCUUAUGUGUACUUAUGUCUUGAGAGAGUUAAAGUCAAUCUGGAAAUCUUUUGAACAUUAUUUCAACAUAUCAAAUUCCUAUGAUCAUAUGGAUUUAGGAAUUACCAAACAUUUUUCCUGCAGGCCCCGGAUAGAUAUUUUACGUAUCAGCACAUUACACUAUUAAAGUGUAUUACAAAAGUAUACCACGAAGAAAGAGAUGGCAAGAUCUCUUAGUCCUUUUUGAUGAAAUAGAGAAUGUAUCCUCUGACUGUUCUGUAUCUAAAAUCACUAGAUAUUGCUGGUUUCCUUAUUCGCAAUUACAUAAGCCAAGGAAAAUUUUAAGCUCAAUUUGGUGGUUUCGAAGAAAGUAAAUCUUUUCUGUGGUUUCCCACCAUGUAUAUUGUCAAAGGUUGGUGGCUUUGCCUUAUGCCCAUAUCACAUCCUGAUAAGGGCCGCACCUUUCUUCAAAGGAGCAUCAGUUUUAUUCCUUGACUUCUGAAAUACCCCUCAGUGACAGAUCCGACUGGGCUCUUUUGUGUGCUGCGUGCUUUUCUCUAGGCAGCCAGGAAGUGGUGAGCAGCGGUAUCUCCAUUUAUGGCCUUGGAAGGGUAAAAGGGACACGGCUGGGACUCUCCAUGUACGGUCCUUGGAAGACUUGAAAAGAGUGGUUGGGGUGUUCUUGGAGGCAGAAACUAGACAUUGUGAGAUAAAAAUAAAUUGGCAGGAGAUGUUUGCAAUUCAAAUUCCAGUCCCUGCAAGGAGGGCAGAGGGCACUGGGAAAGGGGAGUAUAUAGAAAGUCAAAUGAGAUCUGCUGCAGGCAUUUGUCUCCUUCCAUUGGAAGGGUUGCCCUGUGACACAUUUCCCAAGUUCAUGCCUGAUUUUUUUCUAGAAGGUUUUGUGUUAUGUCAUUGUGACUGUCUUUUACAAAGAGAAAGAGAGGGAGCACUUUUUUAAAGAGUGUAUUAAUCAGAAACUUCAGUUCUUUAAGGCAUCAUUGGAAGCACCAGAAGAGAUCUCUAGAAAGGGAGAAAGGCAGGUGCUUAUGCAGGGGAUAGGCUGGCUGGUUUUCGGACGGGGUGACUUGACUAAUCACUGCUCUGUUUAUGUCUGAGGAAGAUCAUCCUAUGUGUCAUGCUUUUAUUAUUCCUUUCAUCCAUCUGGAUUUCUGGUCUCCAGGGACAGAUCUGCCAAGUAUUUGACAGUGUCUUCUUGUCGUUUGUCAACCGUGAUUUAAAGAUAUGGAACCUUCAUGGAAGCUCUGUAAAGAUUAUUAGGAGUUGUUCUAGUUUGGUGAGAAUAUGCGAUAUAUUAGCUUAUGGAAAGUAAUCUCACAUUUAGGAGAAACCUACAGUCUGGCUAAUGUGUAUAAAUUAAGUCUGAGGUGAACCGGUUUUGCAGAGUUGAGUUAGAAAGUAUUUGGGAGCCAUCAGGGAAAAAGGGUCUUGUCUCUCAAGAAAAUUCUGAGUGAAGUCCAGUCAAGAAGAAGGGAGGUUAGAAGGAACAAAAGGGAGCAGAGAUGGGAUAGACACUGGACAGCACUAAACUAAAUGUGGAUGCUGGCACUAAGUCCUUGAUUUAUCCUUUAAAAUAUCAUGUAAGACAGAGUUAAGGAAACUGGGCUCAUGUAUGCAUUAGAAGGCCAUGAAGAAAAUGGAAGAGUUGUGCACAACAAUAAAAUCAUGCAGGUUUACUCUGUGGACUCACAUAGUGAUUUUUAUUUGCACAAGGCAGAGAAAGAAGUGAAAUGAUACCCUGUCCACUUCACUUCCCACCCCACCCCCCCACCCCCACCAAGAAGAGGAAAUUAUUGGCCUCCUUUGUUGGUUUGUUUAGCUGGCAGUUUGAGUUGGUCGAAUAGAUGAGUACUGGCUAAUCUUCCGGUGUAGGAAUGAGUGUAUUGUUUCUUGAUAGUUGAUGUUUAAGACUGGGGAUCUGUAGCAUAACUGAUUUGACCUCCUUCAAAUUGUAGCAACUUCCCUAAAGACAGAGUCAGUUAGUAAGGACUAUGGACUUUGUAAGUAAUGUUUUCCUAGCUGAUUCGUUUAGGCAGUUGUGUUUACCCUGUUUUCCUUCUUAGGAGUAAGGAUGGUUAUAUUCUUUGCUUUGGGAAAUUCUUCUUUCUGUCCUCCCUUCCCUCACUUUUUCCAAAUUCUGGGCACAAGAGCAGUUCUUUCUCUUCUGUGGCAGGUGUGCAUCCUAUUGGCUGGCUGGUAUUUCUUGUUUUCUUUUUUUUUCCCCCCUUAUUCUUUUUAAAAGGGGGGGUGGGGGCAUAAAAAUAUGUGUAUGGGGUACAUGCAAUAAUGUUGUAAUGUUUCUUGUUGUUUAAUGGAUGAUCAAUUGCAAAAUAAUUGUUUGAACUAUAACAUGUUUGCGUAAAUGCUAAA